CAUAGAAAUAUUGCAAUGAAGAAUUCUCAUAUUGCAGAUUCCUGCUACAAAAGCGACGAAGAAGAUGAGGGGCCUUACACAAAGCACUCCAACCCCUCCAGGCCACCGGAUGGAGCGCUGGCCAUCAGGAGGCAGAGUAUCCCAGAUGAGUUUAAGGGCUCCAGUGUUGUAGAGUUAAUGAAGAAAGAGGGAACCACACUCGGCCUCACUGUGUCUGGGGGCGUUGACAAGGAUGGAAAACCUCGGGUGUCCAACCUGCGCCAGGGAGGCAUCGCUGCUAGGAGUGACCAGCUCAACGUGGGCGACUACAUCAGGUCUGUAAACGGGAUCAAUCUGACCAAGUUCCGUCACGACGAGAUCAUCAGCCUGCUGAAGAAAGUUGGAGAACGUGUGGUUCUAGAGGUGGAAUGGGAGCUGCCACCUGUCUCUGUUCAAGGCUCUGGGCUGAUGUUCAAAAGCGUCGAGGUGACUCUGCACAAAGAAGGCAAUACGUUCGGCUUUGUCAUCCGAGGAGGAGCCCACGAGGACAGGAACAAAUCCCGCCCCGUUGUCAUAACGACCAUCAGGCCAGGUGGACCUGCUGACAGGGAGGGUACGGUGAAGCCAGGGGACAGGCUCCUGAGUAUCGAUGGGAUCCGUCUUCACGGGACAUCCCAUGCGGAGGCCAUGUCCAUCCUCAAACAGUGUGGACAGGAGGCUACGCUACUCAUCGAGUACGACGUCUCCAUCAUGGACUCCAUAGCCACAGCUUCAGGGCCUCUGCUGGUUGAGGUAGCCAAGUCCCUGGGGUCCAGUCUGGGCCUGGCCCUCAACACCUCCAUGUACUGCAACAAGCAGGUCAUCAUCAUAGACAAGGUCAAGCCCGCAAGCAUCGCAGACAGGUGCGGGGCGCUGCACGCGGGUGACCACAUCCUGUCUGUGGACGGUACCAGUAUGGAGUACUGUACCUUGGCCGAGGCCACCCAGCUGCUCGCCAGCGCCUGUGAACACGUCAAGAUGGAGAUCCUGCCCCACCACCAGACCAGGCUGGCCCUCAAGGGUCCUGAACACGUCAAGGUGCAGAGAAGCACGCGGACCCUUCCCUGGGAGUCCUCCUCAGCCAACAACAACAGCAACUUCCUCCCCUACCAACACUAUAACACCUACCAUCCUGACCAGUCGCAGAGACACCAGGCCUCCAAGCACCACAAAACCUCUCCCAACAACCCCCCUCUAGGCUCCUCCUUCUCUCCUACCUCUAUGAGUACCUACAGUCUGAGCUCCCUCAACAUGAGCACCCUGCCGAGGAACAUGUACCCCACCAGCCCCAGAGGAACCAUGAUCAGGAGGAAACUCAAGAAGAAGGACUUCAAGAGCUCACUGUCUCUGGCUAGCAGUACCCUGGGUCUAGCAGGUCAGGUUGUUCACACUGAGACGACUGAGGUGAUUCUGGUCAGUGACUCUCUCAUGGGGUUUGGCAUCCAGCUACAGGGCGGGGUGUUUGCCACAGAGACCCUGUCCUCACCCCCGCUCAUCGGCUAUUUGGAUCCAGACAGUCCUGCAGAGAGGUGUGGGAUUUUGCAGAUAGGGGACCGUAUCCUGUCUAUAAACGGGAUCCCUACAGAGGACAGCACCUUGGAAGAGACCAAUCAGCUACUGAGAGACUCCAGCAUCACCAGCAAGGUCUCACUGGAGAUAGAGUUUGAUGUGGCAGAGUCAGUCAUCCCUAGCAGUGGCACCUUCCAUGUGAAGCUACCAAAGAAGCCUGGGGUGGAACUGGGGAUCACUAUCAGCUCUCCAUCCAGUAGGAAACCUGGGGAUGCUCUCAUCAUCUCCGACAUCAAGAAGGGCAGCGUGGCUCACAGGACUGGGACUCUGGAGCUGGGGGACAAGCUGCUGGCCAUCGAUAACAUCCGGCUGGACAACUGCUCCAUGGAAGACGCUGUUCAGAUUCUCCAGCAGUGUGAAGAACUGGUGAAGCUCAAGAUCCGCAAGGACGAGGACAACUCAGACGAACAGGAGCUGUCUGGAUCCAUCAUCUACACGGUGGAGCUGAAGAGAUAUGGAGGCCCGCUGGGGAUCACCAUCUCAGGCACAGAGGAGCCCUUUGACCCCAUCGUCAUCUCCAGCCUCACCAAGGGAGGACUGGCAGAGAGGACGGGAGCGAUCCACAUCGGGGACAGGAUCCUUGCCAUCAACAGUAACAGUCUGAAGGGUAAACCACUGAGUGAAGCCAUUCACCUGCUGCAGAUGGCUGGAGAGUCUGUCACACUGAAGAUCAAGAAACAGGGAGACUUGGCCAGUCCCAAGCAGCCGUCGGUGUCUGGUCAUCUCAGUGAUGUGAUGCUGAGUGAUGUGGAGGACGAGGCAGGGCUGGGAAACCAGGCAGAGAGCCAGAAACUUGGGAAGCUCUCUGACCUCUACUCCACCACCAUCCCCUCUGUGGACUCAGCCGUGGAGUCCUGGGACGGCUCGGCCAUAGACACCACCUUCAACACCCAGGCCCCAGGUUUCCAGGCGUCUGGCUACAGCUUCCACAGCCAUGAGUGGAGGAACGCCAAGCCCAGCCAAGGCAGCCUGUCUCCCGUCAGCACCCGCCAGAGACACAACGUCCUGGCAGACCUGGGCCUCAGCGACGACGAAUGGGACAGGCCCACCACCGGCGGGUUCACUGUGGGUCAUGACGGGACCGAGCCGGACCAGGAAGAGAACUUCUGGUCUCAGGCCCUGGAAGAUCUAGAGACCUGUGGCCAGUCUGGCAUCCUGAGGGAACUGGAGGCCACCAUUAUGUCAGGCAGCAGUCUGAGUCUGAACCAUGACCCUGCUCCUCUGAGGAGCCACCUGGGUCGGCAGGCCAGCUUUCAGGAGCGCAGCGCAGCCCGGCCUCAGUACAACCAGUCCUCGCGCUCCAACACCCUGCCCAGCGACGGGGGGCGCAAGGCCUUCGCCAUGAGGAAGAUGAAGCAGGAGAUGAAUGACGUCAUGUCGCCCACCCCCGUGGAGCUGCACAAGGUGAGUCUGUUGAAGGAGUCGGACCUUGAAGACUUUGGCUUCAGUGUGUCAGAUGGCCUCCUGGAGAAAGGUGUCUAUGUCAACAACAUCCGCCCAGGUGGACCUGCAGAGGUCGGGGGCCUGAAGUCCUACGACAGGCUGCUACAGAUCAACCACGUGAGGACCAGAGACUUCGACUGCUGUCUGGUGGUCCCUCUGAUCGCCGAGUCAGGAAACAAACUGGACCUGGUGAUCAGCAGGAACCCUGCUUCCUCCAGAACCGGGUCCCAGUCAGAACUGAACCAGCUACCCGCCGAGGAGCCUGUUAUCAACUGGACCGAGCCGGGGGACAGCCUCUCUGGCCCUCCACCGAACCAGAACCACCAUUCCUUGUCCAGGAUGGCUGCUGGAAUCGGGGUGACUGGGAUCGGGGCGGCGCUGGCCGGGGCUGGGCUAGAUGAUAGAGACCCCACUAAGACCUUAUAGCAGACUGGAGGUCUGAAGGCCCAAGGCUCUCUCUUUCUCCCCUUCCCCUGUGAGUUGUCCUCCCCCUGGUGCUACUGUAGAAAACCACUCUGAUGAGACAGGGGGUCAAUCUAAAAUGGAGCCUUAUUGCACGUGCAGGGCACUACUUCUGUCCAGAACCUCUUUUGCAGGCUAACCCCUCACAGCUCUGGCUAAAAGUAGUGCACUACCUAGGGAAUAGGGUGUUAUUAAGGACACAGAUAGACAGACAGUGUUCCUAGGUGGACGGUGGGGUCCUGGGCCGCUAAGUCAAAGCACACUGACAAAACUAAACUCCUUCCUCUGAGCCAGAGCAUGAGCCACAAUCACAAGAGGUUUCCUCCUCUUCCUCCCUCACACUGGGGACUAUUGAGUACGGUACGCACCACUACCCAAGGACUACAAAGAUGGAGGUGAACUACAAAGAUGGAGGGUAACGUCUACCACACUGACCUCUUGGAAAAUACCUGAGACAAAAAUAACAACAGUGAUGAACUGAAACAAUAGUGCCAUCCGACCGAUCCUCUCCUUUUUAUUACUGCAGCUGGACUAUAAAACAGUAACACAAUUCUGUUGUUUAAAACAAAACAAAAGACAAAAGAAAACACAAUAAUAUUUGCUGAAAUGUUUACAUGUGAUGCUGGACUGGCCACUCUGUACGUGUGUGUUUGUGUUGCUGCACCACUGCUGUGUAGCGUCGUGACAGAAACAAGGCCAGAGUGAUACAAACCCUCCAUCUAGUUAUUCUAGGGAGUCCUUCCUUCCCUCCUUCUCUCUCUCUCUCUCUCUCUCUCUCGUUCACACUUGGCUUCACUCUGUCCUCCUUGUCCUCCUUCAUCUGUCAUAGAUGGGUCUCACUAGCUCUCUGUCCCUCCCCCUGUGAUUUCUAAUGGUUUUUACAGAGACAAUAUCACUUCUUCCCAGUGAUUUUUAAGUAGACUAUUUGACUUGGGGGAAGAAAGGAAAACAAACAUCUGGAAAAUAGCACAAUAUUUGAAACGUGACCCCCAUUUAUUUAAUGAAGCCUGUACUGUAGUCCUGCGUCUCUGAAGCCUGUACUGUAGUCCUGCCUCUCUGAAGCCUGUACUGUAGUCCUGCCUCUCUGAAGCCUGUACUGUAGUCCUGCCUCUCUGAAGCCUGUACUGUAGUCCUGCCUCUCUGAAGCCUGUACUGUAGUCCUGCCUCUCUGAAGCCUGUACUGUAGUCCUGCCUCUCUGAAGCCUGUACUGUAGUCCUGCCUCUCUGAAGCCUGUACUGUAGUCCUGCCUCUCUGAAGCCUGUACUGUAGUCCUGCCUCUCUGAGCCUGUACUGUAGUCCUGCCUCUCUGAAGCCUGUACUGUAGUCCUGCCUCUCUGAAGCCUGUACUGUAGUCCUGCCUCUCUGAAGCCUGUACUGUAGUCCUGCCUCUCUGAAGCCUGUACUGUAGUCCUGCCUCUCUGAAGCCUGUACUGUAGUCCUGCCUCUCUGAAGCCUGUACUGUAGUCCUGCCUCUCUGAAGCCUGUACUGUAGUCCUGCCUCUCUGAAGCCUGUACUGUAGUCCUGCCUCUCUGAAGCCUGUACUGUAGUCCUGCCUCUCUGAAGCCUGUACUGUAGUCCUGCCUCUCUGAAGCUGUACUGUAGUCCUGCCUCUCUGAAGCUGUACUGUAGUCCUGCCUCUCUGAAGCCUGUACUGUAGUCCUGCCUCUCUGAAGCCUGUACUGUAGUCCUGCCUCUCUGAAGCCUGUACUGUAGUCCUGCCUCUCUGAAGCCUGCUCUCUGAAGCCUGUACUGUAGUCCUGCCUCUCUGAAGCCUGUACUGUAGUCCUGCCUCUCUGAAGCCUGUACUGUAGUCCUGCCUCUCUGAAGCCUGUACUGUAGUCCUGCCUCUCUGAAGCCUGUACUGUAGUCCUGCCUCUCUGAAGCCUGUACUGUAGUCCUGCCUCUCUGAAGCCUGUACUGUAGUCCUGCCUCUCUGAAGCCUGUACUGUAGUCCUGCCUCUCUGAAGCCUGUACUGUAGUCCUGCCUCUCUGAAGCCUGUACUGUAGUCCUGCCUCUCUGAAGCCUGUACUGUAGUCCUGCCUCUCUGAAGCCUGUACUGUAGUCCUGCCUCUCUGAAGCCUGUACUGUAGUCCUGCCUCUCUGAAGCCUGUACUGUAGUCCUGCCUCUCUGAAGCCUGUACUGUAGUCCUGCCUCUCUGAAGCCUGUACUGUAGUCCUGCCUCUCUGAAGCCUGUACUGUAGUCCUGCCUCUCGUAGGCAAGACUGAGGAGGAGGAGGAUGUUGAAAUGGAACCAGGACAGUCAGUCGUCCCCUUAGGCUUCAUCACAAUGCGUUUGGCAGACGAGACAAGACGUGACGUCUCCUCUCCAUGCAUGUCACCAAGCACACUGGUUGACCUAGAAGCAUAAUAUAUGAAACCCUUUAGAGAAGGAUUUAAAAAGCUUUGCUUUGGGGAGAAUGAAGAAGCAGCUUUAUCUAGGCUACGCGCAAUUAGAAAGAAACAAAACAACAAAACACAAUCUGCAAUUCCCCAAAAACAAAAAUGGCGACUUCUCUGAAUCCUAGAAUACAGGAUCGCCCAUUUCCCUGAAGCACCUUAUCCUUCAUUUGGACAUAGAUCUAUUGUCAUAAAUAGAUGCAGAAGAGAUGUUUUUAAUGUACGAGGUGGUGAUAUAUGCAAUGUGCUUCCUUACAGCUCCACUAGUAAAGGGAGGAAGAACAGACCCUGAGUCUGACUUGCCUGCAUACAGUAUGAGUGGAAUAGGUAUGCUAACACUGUGCUGUUACAGGAACCAGAGAUAGAGUUUAAAAAGAAUUGUGAUAUCCAAUUAGUAGUUACAGUCUUGCCCCAUCGCUGCAACUCCCGUACAUGGAGAGGUGAAGGUCGAGAGCCAUGCGUCCUCCGAAACACGACCCUGGCAAGCCGCACUGCUUCUUCACACACUGCUCGCUUAACCCCGAAGCCAGCCACACCAAUGUGUGGGAGGAAACACCGCACAACUGGCGACCGUAGUCAGCUUGCAGGCGCUCAACCCGCCACAAGGAGUCGCUAGAGCGCAAUGGGACAAGGAAAUCCCGUACGGGCCAAACCCUCCCGUAACCAGGACAACGCUCGGGCCAAUUGUGCGCCACCUCAUGGGUCUCCUGGUCUCGGCCCGGCUGUAACACAGUCUGGGAUGGACACCGGGGCUGUAGUGCGCCGCCUCAUGGGUCUCCUGGUCUCGGCCCGGCUGUAACACAGUCUGGGAUGGACACCGGGGCUGUAGUGACGCCUCGAGCCCUGCGACGCAGUACCUUAGACCGCUGAGCCACUACGGGAGGCCCCAGAGAGAAAGUCCUACUACUUCAGACCAUUGGACAGCACAUCGCAGGUAGUUUCAUCGGUACUGAAACUAACAACUACUUAGGAAGAGGCACCUAUAAAACUGGGUUUAGAAAAACGACUUCCACAUUAUAGCCGCCAUUUAUCCUUUUAAAACGACGAUCUGAAAAGAGCGCCAACCAACCAGAUAUCAAAUCAACCUUAAUUAAACACCCGGAAUAGUAACGUUACUCAUUUAAUUUCUACCAUCCAAUCAAAAUGACCCAUUGAUUUAAGGGGAGGGGGAAGACCCAUUGAUUUAAGGGGAGGGGGAAGACCCAUUGAUUUAAGGGGAGGGGGAAGACCCAUUGAUUUAAGGGGAGGGGGAAGACCCAUUGAUUUAAGGGGAGGGGGAAGACCCAUUGAUUUAAGGGGAGGGGGAAGACCCAUUGAUUUAAGGGGAGGGGGAAGACCCAUUGAUUUAAGGGGAGGGGGAAGACCCAUUGAUUUAAGGGGAGGGGGAAGACCCAUUGAUUUAAGGGGAGGGGGAAGACCCAUUGAUUUAAGGGGAGGGGAAGACCCAUUGAUUUAAGGGGAGGGGGAAGACCCAUUGAUUUAAGGGGAGGGGGAAGACCCAUUGAUUUAAGGGGAGGGGGAAGACCCAUUGAUUUAAGGGGAGGGGGAAGACCCAUCGAUUUAAGGGGAGGGGGAAGACCCAUUGAUUUAAGGGGAGGGGGAAGACCCAUCGAUUUAAGGGGAGGGGGAAGACCCAUUGAUUUAAGGGGAGGGGGAAGCAUGAGGUAAAAUCUAAAAACAACCCAAGCAAUUCAAAACAGCUUCUCUACUUUGUAUCCCACCAUCCCUGUACCCUAUUUGAGUAAAUAUCAACUAAUAUGCUAAUCUGUGUGAUACUGGCUUUGUUUAAAGUAUGUUUUUAUACGGUUCAUUGUUUCUCUGAGGUUUGCCCCCCCCAAAAAGGCUUCAAAUAAUAACAAAGAAUUUGUAAUAUAGAAAAUGACACUUGUUUGAUGAUGAUGAUGAUGAGAGAUGUAGAGGUGUAUAUUGAAGGACCCAGUGUAAUGUCUUACCAUUUAUAGGGUAAGGCAACAAGAUGUAAUUCCAGUAAGAUUUUCACUUCAUAAAAAAAACAACUAUGACACCAGAAAAAAAAGAGGUCUGUUCAAAAGCAGGCGGACCUGUGGCAAAACAGACGUUCCCUAAACAUGUACUUCAUGUAAACUAGUGCCGUUUUCUGGACGAGUGACGUCACCUUUGUCUUCAGUGCUCACAGAACACGGUCUCUUGCUUACAGAACUAGAUCAGACUUGAAAUAGGGGAUCGAAUUGAAAAUGGGGGGGAAAAAAAAUUCCUGUCUAGGAUUUCUAUUUCUAUGGUCUCACUAUUUUUUUGUUUGUUGUGUGGAAAUGGCUCACGUACGACAGCAUUAUCCGUCCCACGAUACAACCAACCACUCAAUCUCUUAUUUAGACAACGAUCUCGCUCUCCAUCUCUCUCACUUGCGCCAUAGAGACGGUUGGAAAAGCCAUGUCGUCACAUGUUCACUUUCAAGUGCUGUAGUUAUACAUGGACAACUCCCAACACACUGGAUACUUAACUACUGAAAUGGCUGACAUCAAAUGCACUGUAUACUGAAAUGACUGACAUCUCAACUAUUGACAUGGACAACUCCCAACACACUGGAUACUUAACUACUGAAAUGGCUGACAUCAAAUGCACUGUAUACUGAAAUGGCUGACAUCAAAUGCACUGUAUACUGAAAUGACUGACAUCUCAACUACUGACAUGGACAACUCCCAACACACUGGAUACUUAACUACUGAAAUGGCUGACAUCAAAUGCACUGUAUACUGAAAUGGCUGACAUCAAAUGCACUGUAUACUGAAAUGGCUGACAUCAAAUGCACUGUAUACUGAAAUGACUGACAUCUCAACUACUGAAAUGGACAACUCCCAACACACUGGAUACUACUGAAAUAGCUGACAUUUCAGCUACUGAAAAUAGCGGACAUUUCAGCUACUGAAAAUAGCGGACAUUUCAGCUACUGUAAAUAGCGGACAUUUCAGCUACUGUAAAUAGCUGACAUUUCAGCUACUGUAAAUAGCUGACAUUUCAGCUACUGUAAAUAGCUGACAUUUCAGCUACUGUAAAUAGCUGACAUUUCAGCUACUGUAAAUAGCUGACAUUUCAGCUACUGUAAAUAGCUGACAUUUCAGCUACUGUAAAUAGCUGACAUUUCAGCUACUGUAAAUAGCUGACAUUUCAGCUACUGUAAAUAGCUGACAUUUCAGCUACUGUAAAUAGCUGAUAUUUCAGCUACUGUAAAUAGCUGAUAUUUCAGCUACUGUAAAUAGCUGACAUUUCAGCUACUGUAAAUAGCUGACAUUUCAGCUACUGUAAAUAGCUGACAUCAAAUGCACUAGAUACUCAGCUACUGAAAAUGGCUGACAUCUCAGCUACUGAAAAUAGCUGACAUCUCAGCUACUGAAAAUGGCUGACAUCUCAGCUACUGAAAAUGACUGACAUCUCAGCUACUGAAAAUGACUGACAUCUCAGCUACUGAAAAUGACUGACAUCUCAGCUACUGGAAAUGACUACACACAGUUCAACUGUAGUAGCCCAACAGUAAUAUUUUGACUACUUCAGUCACUGCUACUAUUGUUGUCUUUUAAGAGUCCAGUUGAAUCUCAAGCCAUUCGCUGUGGUUUAUUUAACCACAGAUACAGUUCAUUUGCACCUUCGGUUUCUUUACAAUUCACCUCAACGCUACAGAGAACAAGCUUUUGGACUUAUGCAGACGAAGCCUAGAGUUAAAUAGAAAAAGAAAACUCAGGUGGAGUGGUCAUUUUUCUGUUCUUAAUACUGGAGUACACACACUGCCAAUUACCAUAGUGGGGGUCAAACAUCUUUUUUUUUUACCUUUAUUUAACCAGGCAAGUCAGUUAAGAACACAUUCUUAUUUUCAAUGACGGCCUGGGAACAGUGGGUUAACUGCCUGUUCAGGGGCAGAACGACAGAUUUGUACCUUGUCAGCUCGGGGGUUUGAACUCGCAACCUUCCGGUUACUAGUCCAACGCUCUAACCACUAGGCUACCCUGCCGCCCCACUGUAUGAUACAGUUAAAGAAGCAAAAACUCACUGUUUAUGUCCCUGAAAAAAUAUUGUAUUUUUAUUUCUAAUGGACCGGUAUAAUGACCUGUAAAAGUAUUUUUGUACAAAUUUAAUACUUUGGUAGCAUGAUAUUUAUCGUCUGUGUAACUUUGGGAAUUCCUCCAGCUGUAGACAUUUAUAUGGCCGAGAAAAGAGAAACAAUAAAAAUAAGAUUUACAGAGU